UAAGUGAUGAUGAUAAUAAUAUAAAAAAUGAUGAUAAAGAAAAAAGAAAAAAAGAUGAAAUAGAACUAAAUACUGAAGAAAAUAAAAAUCAAUGGAAAGCAAUUAUUUCUCAAUGGAUUGAAAAGGCUAAUUAUGAAAAUCAGAUUAUGAUUUUUUGA